AUGUAUAAUUUAUUAGAGAGGCAUUUUACAUUUGUCAUUAAGUUAAAUCACGAUUUAGAUAACGUACUCGAAGACUACCAAAUAAGUAAAAUUGCCAUAUUUAUUGGAUCUGGUGGACAUGUCUUUAGAGAUGUUGAAGCUGGUUUAUUCUACAGAGGUGAUAACAAGCUUCAACUGACAUGGAAUCAAUCUGUAUAUUCUUUGCGUUUGUUACGCUAG